AAGAGAGAGAGAGAGAGAGAGAGAGAGAGCAAAAAUGGCAAAGCAGGAAUCAAACUUCUGUGAAGGAAGCUCAGUCGUCUCUGACCUCAUCAACUUCCUCAACGCUUCUCCCACUGCUUUUCACGCCGUCGACGAGGCGAAGAAGCGCCUGCAAAGCGCGGGGUACGAGCAGGUUCUGGAGAGAGAGGAUUGGAAGUUGGAGGCUGGUAAAAAGUACUUUUUCACCAGGAACUACUCCACUAUUGUGGCUUUCGCUAUCGGUAAAAAAUUUGUUGCUGGAAAUGGAUUUCAUGUUAUUGGAGCUCACACUGAUAGUCCUUGUCUCAAAUUGAAGCCGGUUUCGAAGGUAACUAAAGGAGGGUUCUUGGAAGUGGGAGUCCAAACGUACGGAGGUGGCUUGUGGCAUACCUGGUUCGACCGUGACUUGACUAUAGCAGGAAGGGUGAUAGUAAGAGAGGAGAAAGAUGGUUCUGUUUCUUACUCGCAUAGACUUGUCCGGAUUGAGGAGCCUAUUAUGCGGAUUCCUACUCUUGCAAUUCACUUGGACAGGGAUGUUAGAGAGGCGUUUAAGGUGAAUGCACAGAGUCACCUUCUUCCUGUCUUGGCAACAGCGGUCAAGGCAGAGGUCAAUAAAGUAGUUGUGAAAAGUGGCAAAUCUGAUGAGGUGACCUCAGUCAACUCAAAGCAUCACCCUCUUCUGAUACAGCUGCUUGCAGACAAGCUCGGAUGUGAACCAGGCCAUAUAAGUGAUUUUGAAUUGCAAGCCUGUGAUACGCAACCAAGUCUGGUAGCCGGUGCAGCCAAAGAAUUUGUUUUCUCAGGAAGGCUUGAUAAUCUCUGCAUGUCAUUUUGUUCCCUGAAGGCAUUAAUAGACGCAUCAGCUCCUGAAAGCAACCUUGAGGAUGAGACUGGUGUAAGAAUGGUGGCUUUGUUUGAUCAUGAAGAGGUUGGAUCUGACUCUGCUCAAGGGGCUGGGUCUCCAGCCAUGCUGAAUACUCUUUCACGAAUUACACAUUCAUUCACCACAGAUUCUAAGCUGCUUGAGAAAGCAAUACAGAGAAGCUUUCUUGUAUCUGCUGACAUGGCUCAUGCCUUGCAUCCUAAUUAUAUGGAUAAACAUGAGGACAAUCAUCAGCCUAAGUUGCAUGGGGGACUAGUGAUCAAACACAAUGCAAAUCAACGUUAUGCAACCAAUGCUGUAACUUCCUUAAUAUUCAGGGAGAUAGCAAGAAAUCACAGCCUCCCCGUCCAGGAUUUUGUGGUUCGUAAUGACAUGGCUUGUGGUUCAACUAUUGGUCCCAUUCUUGCAAGUGGAGUGGGGAUGCGUACAGUUGACGUAGGUGCACCACAGUUGUCAAUGCACAGCAUAAGAGAAAUGUGCGCUGUUGAUGAUGUGAAGCAUUCAUAUGAGCAUUUCAAAGCAUAUUACCAAGAGUUCACUCACCUGGAUGCAAAGAUCAAAAUAGAUGUGUAGGUCUCUGAUCAUCGUCUUCCCCAGAAGUUUCAUUGGAGUCUGGUUCUCUUGUGUGGCACUUACGCUCCAGAUUAACAGUGGAAUUGCCUUGAUAAUAAGCACCCCAUGUGGGGUAAAAUGCAAUGCCAAAGUGAUUGGUAAAGAUGAAUUAAUUAAGUAGAAUAGCUCAGUUUUUACUUGAGAAACCCAUUUAGUUCCAAAGUGAUUUCAGUUUAUACUCGUCACAGCCACAGAUUUGUUUCACCAUCUUUCAAUAUCAGUUAGGUAUGCGUUUUGAUA